AAUGAAACGUAAAUGUUGUACCAAUCCACAAGUUUAAAGCAUGGAAAGGUGAUUUAAUGUAGAAAUUAACAUGAGAGGUAUAACGCAGCUGGUAAAUUUUGGCAAAAACAUCCAAAAACUAAAUCGCAAUGUACAAGGCCAUCCUAUUCGGUAUUUUUCAUCUUCAGAUUCCUUUAUGCAAACUGUCAUUAACCAAGUCAAGAGGGAUCUGGAAAAGGAUAAAAAUUUAAAGGAAGCCAUACAAGAGUUGGAGAAUAAAGCCCAUAUAUCCGAAAAGUAUACAAAAUUUACAAACUACCUUUCCAAAACAAGGGAUUUUGGACGAGGAUGUAUCACAAAAAUCGCAGAAACCAAGGAUAACUCAAAGAUUAUCCAGUUCUGCCUCCAAUCUGCAAAAAGUGCGGCAGUUGGAAUAGAUAAAGUGGCCAGUAUGCUACACGAUGAGAAGAAACACGCAAGAGUUUUAAAGGAAAGAUGGAAGGCCAAGUCCAAGGAGAGAACUGAGGCUAAGGAAGCUACUGUUGCUGCUGAAGUAGAAGCUGAAGUCAGCACUGAAAAUGCUCUCGUCCUAGCCAAGGAAUCUGCAUGGGACAGAUUCGGAAGUAAGCUGCGUGACAUGCCAUUUUUGAGAAGUGUCUUUGAUAACCCAUAUAUUGGAAGCAUUCUUUCAAAAUCAACGCUUUCAACUGCAAUCCAAGAUAUGAAGCGCUUGGAUCCUUCAUUUAAUAUUCCCGAGCUUGUGGAAAUGGUAGAGCAUGUAAUCGCACCUCAUGUAGUCGACUGUUAUUUGCAAGGAGAUCACGAAUCUCUAAAAAUUCACUGUGGAGAGUGUGCAUUCAACGUACUCAACACCUCAAUCAAGGAGAGAAAUAUACAAAAACUCAGUCUAGAUCCCUCUGUGCUGAUACUAAAGGAUGUUGAACUCAAGGGCGGAAUGAGCGUCCAAGAGGGGGAUCCAUGGUUCAUUUUCAAUUUUACAACACAACAAAUCAAUUGUCUGAGAGAUCACAAAGGGAAUGUUUGUGCAGGUCAAAUUGACGAUAUUAGAGAGGUCGUGUAUUCCAUGGCAAUCUCGAGGCAUCCAAACAUCAACGUUGAGACUCUAGAAUACCCCUAUAUGAUCCAUGAAAUUGCAAUCAUAAGCAACCGCCCAUCUUGGUAA